AUGGAAGAAACACAUAGAGUUAACUGUGCCCAAGGUAUUUUGAUCUCUUUAGCUCAUGAUUCAAAGGUCAAUAACUGUAGAAUGGUCUUGAAUGUGUAUUUGCCAAAGCAAUAUUACGCACCAAAUGCCGCUGAAAAGACUAAAGAGAAGCCAAUUCCAACUAUCUAUUUCUUAGAUGGUCUUUCAGCUGAUCAAAAUCAUGCUCCUGAAACUUCAUUCAUUCAAUGGCAAGCUGAUAUCUACGGAUUUGCUGUUGUUUUCCCUGAUACCUCACCAAGAGGUGAAGAAGUCCCUGACUUUAAGGAUAUUUUUGAAUUAGGUCAAAGUGGUGGUUAUUAUAUCAAUGCUUCGAAAGAACCAUUCGCCAAAUAUUAUAAUAUGUUUGAUUAUGUCCAUAAGGAAAUGCCAAAUGAAUUGACUACUUAUUUCAAUAAGAUCUCACCAGUUCGUGUCGAUUUCUUGGAAAAUGUUAGUAUCAUUGGUCAUUCAAUGGGUGGUAUGGGUUCAUUGAUGGGGUACUUGAAAACUUUCCCUCACUACAAAAGUUGUUCUGCCAUCGCACCAUUAACUAAUCCAACUUCAGAAGAUUCCAAGGCUGGUCACAUGGGUCUACAUACUUAUUUAAAGAACCCAGAAGUGGAAGGUUUUGAAUGGGACCCUUGUUAUUUGAUUAAAGACAAAAAGUUUACUGAGGAAAAUGUCAAAGGUCACAGUAUUUUGGUUACCCAAGGUACCACAGACCCUAUUAUUGAAACUGAAUUGCAUUCAGACAGACUUGUGGAAUACGCAAAGGGUACUCCUUGGCAAGGUAAGAUUAUUUAUCAAUUCAUGGAAGGUUUCGACCAUGGUUCUUACUUGAUUGCCACAGAAAUUCCAAAUCAUGCUAAAUAUCAUGCCAAGCGUUUAGGUUUAACCGAAUAA